AUGACGAAUGAAACUGAGGGUAGUUACUCGGCUAAUGUCACAAUCUCCAACUACGUGAAGGAUCACCAAUUUGAACAGCCAUGGAAAUUAGCGCUUAUAUGGGUCAAAAGGGAAACACUAGUGAGCACUGUGGGCUAUGAAGGCACACAACACGGUUUUGUUUCUUUCGGUGAGGGCGACAUCAACACUUACUUCUUGAACAACAUGACCUUUGUGGACUUACCGCGACAAAGUAAUGAUCAUAAUUGCAUAGGUGGUACUGUGAUUCUUCCGCGGGUAACAAAAGCUGACCUUGCGAAAAGCUCAACUUCGUUUCAAGUUUCUGUUAGCCAUUCUAAUAGAGGAUAUCAUGCGCAGCUACCUUCAGAUGUAACUUUGACCACAUGA